CCAGCUGGCUGAAGUUCGAGCACUUCCUGAAAGUGGUUCUAUUACUCAAAGCGACAGCCAUAGUGCAGUUCCUGGCAUUUGUAGAGUUGUGCAAUAACAGUGGAGACUCCUCGACAGCGCAAAACUGUAUGCAUGUGCGAUGAAUAGUCAGUACCUUUGGAGCACGAUGCUCGUCCUCACAUUAGGACAUGCUUACGGGCAAACGCCUAUGGCAAACUUCACUGACCUAAAUUUCAAUAUGGGUGAGGAAGCGCAAAAGCUUGGUCAAGUCCUGAAGGAAUUCAGCCGAAGAAUGAUGACAGUCCUUCGAAGCCAGUCGAACGUUGACGACGAGGUGCAAUGUGCAAAGUAUAAAGACAUCAUCUCUCAAGCUCUGGGCGCUGUGAAGAACCUCGAUCCUUUUCAACCAGGCACUAUGCAGCAGGCACGCGAUGCCAUCGAAAGUAUCCUUCUUCAAAGCCAAAAAAGGACAGCCUUCGAGGACAUGAAUCUCUUUGGCGCGUACAUGAAGGUCGUCGGUGAUGACAUCACAGACAUCGGACAGAGCUUAAUCGACCGAGGUAUCAAACUGUGUGGAAAUUUCGUCAUUCAAGAUGGACUGACAGACUUUGAGAAAGAGAACCUUAAGUACUGCGCCGAAGUGUUCAAAUUAUGUUCAAUGAAAAAUUGGAAAGACUGACAAAAAUAAAAUUAAAGACAUAGUGCACUGCGAAAAUUAGAAUACCAAAACAUUGCAGAAAACAAUACAAUGUCUUUUUAAGUUGAUAUGUGGCUAGUCGGUAUUGUGAACUAUAUUGUCUCAAAGAGUCGCGCCACAAAAAAUACUUUCGUUAGCAAAUGGCCAAGUUUAUUUUGUUUUUGCGAAUACGUUUGUGCACAGAUGAAUGUGUUAGAAGACAAUCGUGUAAUAAAAAUGGGCAUACACAAGGCCUGGCUUUUAUAAUAUAGUAUUUAGGACGUAAGUUGCUGCUUUAGCAGCACGCGUCGUUAGCUAUUAUGUUUCGUGCUGUAACCUGUAUACGUUUGAGCUUACCUUGCCCGUAAACUUAUGCGGGCAUGUGUUGACCAACGCCUCAUAUAUUUUGUAAAUAAAGUAUUUUGUUUUCCU